AUGGAAAUAUUUACUGGAAUAUUAAUAUUAUUGGUGUUAUUUUUUAUAUAUGAUUAUAAUUUUUGCUCAAAGGCAUUGAUAUUUUAUAUAGGCGAUAAAUCCUUAAAUAUUUUGAAAAAGAGCAAUAGCAUUGAGCGUACCUAUAGAAGUACAGUUUAUUUGAUUUAUCCAUUUUUACAGGAUAUUUUUAUACAUGUAUUUUAUUUUUAUUUGGAAAAAAAGAAAGAAUAUUUGAGCUAUUUAAUUUCCGAAAAUGAAAAUGACAAAAAGAAAACAAAUAGUAACAAUGAAGAAAACGAACAAACCUUUGUCCAAACAUGCAUAAUAAUAAAAAAAUCAAUAUAUUUCAAUAUUUUGCGACUAUUUUUUUUUAUAAUUGAAUAUUCAAAUAUAUACGAAAAUAUUAAUUUACAUUGUUAUAUAAAUACACGAGAAGUGUUAAAUAAUAAUAAUUUUGGAGUAGUGAUAAUUGAUUAUUAUUUACCAAAUGCUACUAUAAAAAAAAAAAAAAAAAAUAAUAUUAAUAAAACGAAUAAAAAAGAAAACCAAAUAGAUUUAUUAGAUUAUAAUGAAAAUGAUAUAAUAGAUUUAUACGAUUUAGUAAAUAUUAAACAAGAACAAAAAAUAAAAUUAAUUUUAAUUGAUAAAAAAUGGAAACAAAUGUUAAAUAUAAAAAAUGUAGAAUUCCCUGAUGUUCAUUAUUUAUAUAUACAAGAUACUGUAUUAAUACAACAUCUUCAAUUUCUAAGAAUUUUCAAAAAUAAAAUUUUUAACACAUCUACCAAUAUAUAUCCAAAUUAUAAAGAUGUUGAAAUAUUAUCAAAUCUAUUGUUUUCUUCUGCUGAAUCUGAAAAUGAAAUGACAAAUAAAAUGGUGGGCUAUUAUUUAAAGAAAGAGGAGCAACAACAUGGAAUACAAAUAAAAAACAAUGAUGAUAAACCAAUUGUAGAAAAUUAUUUAAAUGAAAAAAAAAAAUCAAAUAAUAAAACAACAAUUAAUAGACAAAAACAUAAUAAAAAGGUGGGAGAAAAAAAUGAUGAAAUAUAUAUAGGAGUAAAUACAAAUUUAAAUAAUUCUAAAAAUGUAGAAAACAAAUUGAGAGAUAAAUUAUAUGCAAAUUUUAAAAAAUAUGAAUAUAAAAAUAUAAAAGGUAUAAUUAUUAUAGUCCCAGAAAUGUUUUAUAAUUAUGUAAAUGUUAAAGAAAUGGAAAAUAAUAUACCAAUUUACUAUUUUUUGACAAAAAAUGUAAAAAUAGAUUCAUUUACCAUUAUAGCUAAAUUAUUAGGAUAUAUAUGCGUUCAUGUACAUAUAAAUAUUAAUUAUGGAUUAUCUAUUCCCUAUAUUUUUAAUUCUAAAAAUAUAAACAUAUUAGAUAUAUUAUACAAUUUCAAUAUUAACCAUAAUUUAUUUAUUAGGGAUUAUAUAUUUCCUGAUUUUUCUUAUAUAAAUAAAACCGAAAACUAUAAUAAAAAUAAUAGCACAUUCAUGGAAAGUAAACAAAGUUAUUUUUCAACUUCUUAUUGCAGUAAAAGUAGCAAUUUUUUUAAAAAAAAAUUAUCAAAUUAUUCUUUUAAUUUUCAUAAUACUUUUAUAACCCAAGAUAAUUAUAUAUCUGCAUUUAGACAUCCAUAUGAAUUUGAUAAUAAAUUUGAUUACAAUAAUCACAAUCUCAAUAAUAAUGCGAAUUCACAAUUUAGUUCCAUUAAUUCUAGCUUUAGUUACAAUUUUAAUUUUUCUAAGAAAGAUAAAAAAAAAAAUAAAGGAAAACAUAUUAAUUCACCACUAUUUUCCUGUCCAUUCUCAUUUUUUACAGAUAAUUAUAAUGACAUUAAUAUUUCUAUGUCACAUUUUAAAAGUAUUUUUAAGAAUUAUAAUUUUAUUUUUCUUAGUUUUAAUGAAGGAACAAACAUAUUAUUAAAUUAUUUUUUAGAAAAAUUAUCAAAAAAAAAAAUAAGUAAAAUUACAGGGAAGCAUACAAAAUCUCAUUUUAACUUUCAUAAUAUUAAUCCAUAUAAUUAUGAAAUCAACAAAUUUUAUAAAAGCAAAUGUAAAGAUCCUAAAAAUUCUGUAAAUAAUAUUAACUAUAUAGAUAGCAAACAAAAUAUGAAUGAAAAAAUAAACUAUCAAAACAAAAGUGAUGAAGAAAAAGAUACAUUUAAUAGACAACAUAAUAAAAAUAUUAUGAAUUUACUUUUUAAAGAUAAAAAUAAAUGUGAAAAUAGUAGCAAACAUGAAAAUGAAAAGAAUUCAGAAUGUAAUAUAAAAAAUAAAAAUGCUAAAGAUUUUUUUAAAAAUAUCAAAAAAUGGAAAAUUGAUAAACUUAUAUAUGGAAUAAAAGGAAAAGGAUAUAUUCCAAUUGAAUCUGCUAUAAAUGAUGAAAAAUCAAAUUUUGACAAAAACAAACAAAAUAAUAUUCAUUUAAAAGAUUUUACAUCUGAUGAACAAGCCACUAAUUAUAUUUCUAUGGAAAGAGAAUCCGAUAAUUCGAUUAGAAAAUUGGAAAAUAUAGAUGUAGAAAAAGAAGAAGAUAAUGGAAUAGAAAUAAAUCCUGAAACUGUAUAUGAAGGUAUUGAAUGGAAUGAUGAAAACAAAGUAGAAUAUGGAAAAAAUAUCGAAACAGAAUCAGAAUUAAAUGAAACGAACAAUGAAGGAAAAGUAAACAAUAAUACAGAUGCAUCUGUAAAAGAUGAAAUUCCUUCAGAACAUCAAUCAAAAUUAGAAACAGAAAUUGAAGAAGAAAUCGAAACUGAAAUAGAAGCAGAAGUAGAAAAGGAACGAAACAAAAAAUGCAGUUUUAAAUAUAAUCAAAGUUUAAAUAAUAAGCAUAAAAAAAAGUCAAAAGAAAAAAAAAAAAUAAUAAAUAAAAAAUAUAAAUUAAAAAGUGCAAAUGAUGAAUUAAAAAAAAAUAUUAAAAUUAAUUACUUUUUAAAUCAAUCAAAAAUUAAUAUCUUUGAUAAAACUCAUGAUUUAGAGUUAUCCGAUAUAAGCAAAAUCCAUGAAAAUGGUCUAAAUAUUUCUGAUAAUGUGAAUGAAAACCAUUUUGAGCUAAGUGAAAGUAAAAUAAGUAAUGCUUGUAUAACUACAGAUAGAAAUGAUAAAAAAAAUGUAAAUUCAAAAGGAAGUUAUAAAACGAAUAGGUCAAGUAAUAGUACGAAUAAUUAUAGAUAUGAUAGUUUUUCACGAAAAAAUCGAUAUAGAAGUAUAAGUAAUAGGUAUUAUAACAUAAAUGAUAUUUAUUAUAGAAAAGAAAAUCAAAGAAAUAUUGAAAAUAAAAUGAAAAAUGAAAAAGAAAAAUAUAUUGAUGAUAAAAAUAAUAUUGAAGAAGAUUUAAAAAGCAUAAUGACGGAAAAUUGUGAAAAACAAAAUGUAGUAAAUGAUGAAAUACCAGAAAAUAUAUCAAGAAUGUCUCAAAAAUUUCGAUAUAGUUUUUUUAGAAUAAAAAAUAAAUUUAAAGCAAAUUUAAAUAUAUCAGAUAAUAGUAAAAAAGAUAUAGAAAAAGAUAAAAUAAUAAAAAAUUCAUUUUUAAAUAUAAAAAAUUCAAGACUAACUGAAGAAGAAAAUAAAAGUUAUUCAGAAGAAUGUUCUACACAUGAAGAAGAAUAUGGAAAAAAAAAUAAAGAAAAAAAAAAUUCCCCAAAAAAAAUAUGUAUAUUAAUUAAUUUUUCAUAUAAUAAUAUGUUUGAUAUAUUUAAUUAUCCUGACGUUUUCUUAUCAAAAAAUAAAAAUAUCAAAUUCUCAAUAGUCCAUAAAAUAAUGCAUUCAUUAAAUGUCUUUUUAAAUUCUUUUUCAAUUUUAAUAAAAAAAAAAUAUUUUUUUUUAUGUACAAAUAAAUUAGAAAAAUAUUUAAAAUUUACAUUAUUUUAUAAUUAUGAUUAUGAUUUAUUUCGAAAAAAUAAAGAAAUGAAAAUACACAGUUCUAUUAUUAAUAUUAUCAGUAAUGCCCAUCCCUUUACCAGCUUUCGAAAAGAUAACCAAAAAAAUAGAAAUCAAAAUAAUUAUUCAUCUAAUUUUCAAAAUACUUCUAAAGGGGUUGAUCAAGAAAAAUAUUUUUCCGGUUGUUAUUUUAAAAAUGAUAAUAAUUAUAUUUACAAGCAUAAUGAUAAUAUUCACCAAAAAAAUUAUCCCGAUAUUAUAAAAAAGGAAAUGAAUACUAAAAAGAACUCCAUUUUUAAAAAUACAAAUUUAAAUAAUAGCAAUAGUAGUAAACAAAGCAACUCUUUUGAUGAUAAACAUGCAAAAACUAUUUUGAAUGAUAUUGAUUCAAAAAUCAAAUUAAUUAGUAAUACAAAAAUAUCAAAUAUGGAAAAUAAUUUAACGAACAAAUUAAAUAAUAAUAAUAUUAUGCAAAAUCAUUAUAGCAAAGAAAAUAAAAAUGAUAUAUGUCUAGAAAAAAAUAAUAAAAAUAAAAGUCCAAAUAUUGUUAUUAAAAUAGAAGGAAAAUAUAUAAAUAAAACAAAUUCAUUAAUACAUAAAAAAAAUGAAUCAAAAUAUAAGGAUUUAUAUGAAAAUAACAAUAAUAUCCAUAAAUGUUUUGAUAAAAAUAUUCAAGAAUUAAAUAGGAAAAUAGAUAAAGAUAAUAAGCAUGGAGCUAAAGAAAAUGUAUUAUGUAAUGGUUAUUUACAAGAAUAUGAAAACAGUUCAAUUAUACAAAAAAAAUUGAGUAUAUUACAUAAUAAAGAGGAAAAUAAAAACUGGAAUAAAUCUAUAGAAUAUUAUGAAAACUUUAAAGAGGAUGUAAUGUCUUAUUUUUGUACAAAAGAAUUAUACGAAAAAUGGCGUUUUUUUUUUGUUAAUACAUUACAUUUAACAACUCAAGACGAUUUUUUAUUUAAUUUGGUAUUUAUAUAUAAUGUAUAUAAUUAUUUAAUAUAUUUAUAUGCAUGUUUUUAUUUUACCGAAAAUAAAUAUCACGAUUUUUGUGCAAAUCAAAAAUUUUAUGAAUUUAUUAAUAAAAUAAAUGACAUAAAAAAUAAAAAAGAUGAACAAAGUGUAUGUAACGAAUAUGUUAAGGGAUAUAAUCGAAAUAGCUCAGAAAUCAUACCCAAUUUUCUUCAUUACAAAGAUUAUAAAUUAAUAAAAGUUUUUUAUUAUAUAUUUCAAAAUGCUAGUAAUCAAUUUAUUUCUAAAAAUAUUCAAAACUUUGAUUUUCCCGUUUUUUUCAUAUUCUCAUCAGAUUAUAAAAAUUUUAAUUUCAAGCAUUUUGAUAUUAUUAAAAUCUCAAAAAAUAAUAAUAUUAUUUAUUUAUUAUAUAAAAGAGGAAAUCAGGGAUAUUUCUUGUCUGGAUUAAAACCUUAUAUAUGGAUACACAAAAUCUUAUUUGGAUUGACUGAAUCUUUAUUUUUAUCUUCUUUGGGAUAG